AUGUGUGCUCUGCAGCCCCUGCAGCUUCGAGAGCCCAUGCACUCCCUCCUGUUGGCCAUGUGCGAAGACCAGCCUCGAAGACGGCGGCCACUGCAGGCAGUUCUGGAAGCCUGUCGGGUUCAUCAGGAAGAAGUGGCUGUGUACCCAGCCCCUGCCAGUCUCCACAUCAGUCGGCUGGUGGGCUUGGUGCUGGGUACCAUUUCCGAGGUGGAGAGAAGAGUUGUAGAGGAAGGCACCUGUGAGCGGCAGAGCAGAAGCCACUUUCUCAGGAGCAAGCUGCAUCAGGCUGGCAGUGAGAGCCCUGGAGCUCGAGCCUCUGAUGGUCUGCAGCCUCAAAGAGAAGAUUCUGUGUUACUUCUCAUGAUGUGGGAACACAGGGUGGCAGCUGAAUCUGUUGCAGGAUGGAUGCAUCAUCAAGUUCUUUACCCUUCCUCAUUCCUGGCCAGCACUUUUGCAGGUGUUGGUCCCUGUGACUGUGAGGAGGGUUUGCAGCGUGACUCUGGGCCUAUGCUCUUGACUGAAGCAGAAAAAUCACAGCCAGCAACUUCUCCUAGGAAUUUCCUACAAAGAAAGGGAAAGUUCUCCAGACCAGAGUUCAUCCUGUUGGCUGGAGAGGCCCCGGUGACCCUACAUUUGCCUGGAUCCAUUGUGACCAAAAAAGGGAAAUCCUAUUUGGCUUUCAGAGACCUCUGUGUGGUCUUGCUGAAUGGACAGUGUCUGGAGGUGAAGUGUGACAUGGAGUCCACAGCAGGAGCUGUCUUCAAUGCUGUCAUGUCCUUCACCAACCUUGGGGAGACCACCUACUUUGGUUUGGCUUAUAUGAAAGGUGAAGAGUUUUUUUUCCUGGACAAGGACACCAGAUUGUGCAAAGUUGCCCCAGAAGGCUGGAGAGAACAGCACCCAAAAGGUUCAAUGGACACUUUGACACUCUUUCUGCGGAUAAAGUUCUUUGUCAGUCACUAUGGGCUGCUGCGGCACAGCCUGACAAGGCAUCAGUUUUACCUGCAGCUUCGGAAAGACAUUUUAGAAGAGAGGCUGUAUUGCAACGAUGAGACACUACUGCAGCUGGGGGUCCUGGCCCUGCAGGCGGAGUUUGGAAGUUAUCCUAAGGAGCAGCUGGAAAGGAAAGCAUAUUUCCAAAUUCAAGACUACAUCCCAGCAAGGCUUAUUGAGCGGAUGACAGCAAUCCGGGUCCAAGUAGAAAUCUCCGAGAUGCACCGACUCAGUUCUGCUCCCUGGGGAGAAGAUGCCGAGCUGGAGUUCUUAGAGGUUGUUCAGCAACUCCCAGAAUAUGGAGUCCUAGUUCACCGGGUUUUUCCUGAGAAGAAGAGACCAGAAGGGAAAAUGGCCUUGGGGGUCUGUGCCAAAGGUAUCAUAGUUUACGAGGUGAAAAGCAGCCGCAGGAUCGCAACAUCACAGUUUCCAUGGAGAGAAACUGGAAUGAUCUCAACUCAUAGAAGAAAGUUCACCAUCACCAGCAGCAUCACUGGAAAAAAGUACACCUUUGUCACCGAUUCAGCCAAGACCUGUAAAUAUUUGCUGGGUCUCUGCUCUGCCCAGCACUGGUUUAAUGCACAGAUGGGCUCUGAGCAGCCUCCUCAUCUUUUAAGUGAUCGGGAUAAGUUUGUACAAAUAGCCAACUUGAAUUCUGCACACCAGACACAGGCCAACCCUCUCACUUGGAUUCAGAAACUGUCAUGCUCGGAAAAUGAGCUGUGUGUACCCAGGUUGCCGGAUGCCACUGGAGGCAGACUGAGCACAUCCAUGGAGAACGUGCAAGGUGGCAAGGAGAUCAAGAUGGAAGGAAUCAGAAGCAGCCCUUACUGUGGCCGAGAGCAACCGGACAGCAUCAGUUCAAGCCAGAAGUCAACUCGGCAUCUCUCUGGGGCAGUUGUCCAGAGCACAGGUUUUGUCAUUAACGAGGGAGAAGAUGUGGACCAAGCAAAACCUGGCAUUUUCAUAUCUUCCCUUAUACCUGGGGGACCAGCAGAAAAGGCUAAAAUGAUCAAACCAGGGGGGAAGAUACUAGCCUUGAAUCACAUCAGCCUGGAGGGCUUCACAUUCAACAUGGCUGUUAGAAUGAUCCAGAAUUCUCCUGACAACAUAGAAUUAAUCAUCUCUCAGUCAAAAGGUAGGGUCUUUCACAAUGCCUCAGGGGCCAGCCCCAACAUUUCCAUCACACUAGCCUCAAGAUCGCUGUCUCUGUUGGACGCUACAGUGCUGACACCUCUUUCUGAGGCAGCAAAGGACUGGAGGAUUCCUGGGAAGCCACGAGUCUUCAGUUCACAUUGCAAGGCGAAGGGCAGAUAUCAGAAGCAAGAAAAGAAGGUUCAGAAAGUGAGCAGUGCUACUUUCCCUUGGGCCUCUACUUGUAGGCCAAGGUCAGAAGGUGCUUCCAACUCUGAGGAAAGGCUUACCCCUCGGUUAACCAUUCCUGGAAAUGCCCUCGCUGACCGCCCCAGAGAUGGGCCUCUACUUGCUGCUGGUUAUUGUCCUUCAUUUCCUCUAGAAGCCAAAGUUGGUGAAAUCUACUUCGUGGAUCUGGUUAAAGAAGAUGGAACACUUGGAUUCAGCGUGACUGGUGGCAUCAAUACAAGUGUACCUCAUGGAGGAAUCUUUGUGAAAUCCAUCAUUCCUGGAGGUCCAGCUGCCAAGGAAGGACAGAUCCUGCAGGGUAAGGGCUACGUCCUACUGGCAGUUCUGCUUUCUGUGGUUUCGAUCCCUCGCUGA